UCUUGCCUUCGGCUUUGUCAGCGUGAGUCGGGAAGAUUCGCUUACACGGGCGGAAAGACGAAGGAAAGACCACUGUUUCCAGAACAGCUCGCAAAAAGAAAUGUCGGCUUAUUCCCGAACCUUUUAAGCACAGCGGGGAAUCGGUUUAGGAGAGCAGUUUGGAGGACCGUAGCAGUGUCCCACGUGUCCAUCCUCCGGAGAUGUGUUUGUGAGCGGUAGAAGCGGACAGCACCGAGAUGAGCGCGAGCCCCGCGGCGUCCGGCGCGGUGCCCUGUCGCUUCGCCCACUACUUCGCUGUUUGUGGGAUAGACACAGAAACGGGACUGGAGCCGGACGAGUUAACAGCUUUGUACCAAUGGCUUGAAGCCGACCGCCAAGGCAGGGAUCAAGAUACAGCAGCCACAGGUGAAAACUCAGAGCAAAGUCCCCUGAAGAGGAAAUUCAAGUCCAAAGUUCUGGCCCACUACCCUGAGAAUAUUGAGUGGAACCCAUUCGACCAGGAUGCUGUCAACAUGCUGUGUAUGCCUAAAGGACUGUCGUUCCAGACGCAGGCAGAUCCACGUGAUCCUCAGUUUCACUCCUUCAUCAUCACCAGGGAGGAUGGUUCUCGAACUUAUGGCUUCGUCCACACCUUCUAUGAGGAGGUGACCAGCCCGCAGAUCUGCUCCGCCAUGCAGACCCUCCACCAGAUGCACAAUGCAGAGCAUGCCUCCACCAACCCCCAUUCCUCCUCCUCUUCCUCCUCCUCCAGCAUGGACUCUCUGACCAGCAGUUUAGACGAGGCUGACUCCCCCCCCUUCUCAUCCACCUUACCUUCAUCUCGGGCAGCAGGUGGCUAUGACUCGUCACGGGACACCCUCUAUGUGUCCAAAGCGUUGUGUCUGGUCACUACCAUGCCAUUCAUGUACGCAUGCCGCAACUUCCUGUCACAGCUACACAGGGCUGUUACAGCAGCCACUGCCCCCCCACUACCACUUGAGAGCUACAUUCACAAUAUCCUGUAUGAGGUGCCACUGCCUGCUCCAGGCCGAACGCUCAAGUUCCACGGUGUAUAUGAGCCCAUUGUGUGCCAGAGGCCUGGCUCGGGAGUAGAAAAUCUGGUCCAGGUGUUCACCUGCAACCUGCUGGAGAUGCAGAUCCUCCUCUGCUCAAAGGACUACCAGCGGUUGAUGACAGUAGCAGAGGGCAUCACUACCCUGCUGUUUCCGUUUCAGUGGCAGCAUGUCUAUGUUCCUAUCCUGCCAGCCUCCCUCCUCCACUUCCUGGAUGCUCCUGUUCCCUACCUAAUGGGCCUGCAGUCAAAAGAAUGCACAGACCGCUCCACGCUGGAACUUCCUCAGGAGGCCAACUUGUGUUUUGUGGACAUUGACAACCACUACAUCGAGCUUCCAGAGGAUUUACCCCAGUUCCCCAACAAGACUGAGUUAAUCCAGGAGCUCAGUGAGGUUCUGCUGAGUUUUGGAAUUUCUGCCAACAUAGGGGCCCCGCCAAGAACCCGUACCAGUUCCCCCAGAAACCCCUCCACAUCCAGAAGGGAGUGCAAGACUGUCACCCUUCAACAACUGGAGGACGACGGGCGUAAUGGCAACCUGGCUGGGGAGGAGCUCACUAUGCUGGAGCUGCUGCAGGGGAAUGCCACCUUGGAGAGACUGCAUGCACUGACCGAACGCACCGGGGUGACUGUGGCCCGCGUGGAUGCUCUUAGGGCGAGCGUUAAAGCUCAGGGGAUUGACAGGCAGAGGGCAGCUGAGGAGGAGGAACUAAGGAAUGCCAAGCUGAAUGUUCAGCUGAGGGAAGUGUUUGCCAGCCGCUUCACCACCAUGUUUGCUGACUAUGAAGGAUUUGUCAUUCAGAGUGCGCCAGACCUGGAGUCGUGGCUCACCAACAGGGAGCAGAUGCACAACUUCGAUAAGGCCUCAUUCCUCUCAGAUCAGCCUGAGCCUUACCUCCCCUUCCUCUCCCACUUCAUUGAGACGCAGAUGUUCGCCACCUUUAUUGAUAACAAGAUCAUGUCCCAGUGGGAGGAGAAAGAGCCACUGCUUCGUGUCUUUGAUGCGCGCAUCGACAAGGCUCGACUCUACAAUGUGCGUGCUCCCAACCUACGAUCCUCCAACUACCAGAGAUGCUCCAUCCUUAGGGAGUCUGCUCAGGCCAUUGAGCAGCGGCUCAUGAAGAUUGACCACAUAGCCAUCCACCCCCACCUGCUGGACAUGAAGUUUGGUCAGGGCAAAUAUGAGCAGGGAUUCUUCCCCAAACUUCAAGCUGAUGUGCUGAACACUGGGCUGAUCAAUAGCAAGUGGUUUCAUAGGACAGCGACGGCACAGCGAAGGAAAGACCACAGCAUACAACAAACAGAGCAUCUGAACGCUGAUAACGACCUGAAAGAGAUGGUUGAGGGCUGUCUGGUCCAGCAAAACUCCAUGGCAUUUUGGGAGUGGGACAUUGCGCCCCCUCUCUCUAUCAAACCGCCUAAAAAAUCCGCCUCUGCAUCCUGCCUGAAGUACAUGCAGGAGGCCCGCAGCCUGGGGAAGAAUCUUCGACUGCCCAAACUUUCGGAUCUGUCUCCUGCUGUCAUUGCCCAGACCAACUGGAAGUUUGUGGAAGGUCUACUCAAGGAGUGUCGUAUGAAGACCAAGCGAAUGCUGGUGGAGAAGAUGGGCCGGGAAGCUGUGGAGCUGGGUCAUGGGGAGGCCAACAUCACUGGCCUGGAGGAGAACACUCUGAUCGCCAGCCUCUGUGACCUGCUGGAGAGGAUCUGGAGUCACGGGCUGCAGGUCAAACAGGGGAAAUCCGCCCUUUGGUCCCUCCUGCUGCACUACCAGGCCAGAGAGGAGAAGCUGGAGGAGCAGCACACAGAGUCAUCAUUGUCACGUGUUCCUGAGAGGAAGAAGUCUGACUGUUCCAUAUCAAUGCCAUCACUCCGUGUGUCUCUGUUACAGGACAUGAGUCAUAUCCAGAGGAUGUCAGAGAUUAAGACAGAUGUAGGCCGAGCCAGAGCCUGGGUACGUCUGUCCCUGGAAAAGAAGCUGCUCUCUCAGCACCUCAAACAGCUGCUGUCCCGACAAGCCUUAACCAGGAAGCUGUACAAGCGUUAUGCCUUCCUGCGCUGUGAGGAGGAGAAGGAGCAAUUCCUCUUUUACCUGCUGUCUUUGAAUGCCGUUGACUACUUCUGCUUCACCAGCGUCUUCACCACCAUCAUGAUCCCAUAUCGAGUCGUCAUUAUCCCCAUCAAGAAGCUGAGCAACACCAUGACCACCUCCAACCCCUGGGUGUGUGUGUCAGGAGAGCUGGGGGACUCGGGUAUCAUGCAGAUCCCCAAGAGCUUCCUGGAUAUGACAUUUGAUUGUCAGAACCUGGGAAAGCUGACGACAGCUCAGUUGGGUCAUGAUAACGCUGGCCUCAUAGCUAAAUGGCUGGUGGACUGUGUCAUGGUGCGCAAUGAGAUCACAGGACACACAUACAGGUUCCCAUGUGGACGAUGGCUUGGUAAGGGUGUGGAUGAUGGCAGCCUGGAGAGGGUUCUGAUUGGUGAGCUGGUGGUGCCAAGUAAAGACGAGGAUGGGGGGAGAGGCUGCCGUACGCCUCCACUGCAGCAUUCUUCAUCCCAAACCACUGGCAUGACAUCACUGUCCGGACGAGAAUACAAACCAACUUCUGACCAAAUCCAAGAGGGCAUUGGUGACGCAGUGAACAACAUUGUCAAACACUUUCAAAAGCCAGAGAAAGAGAGGGGCAGCCUGACAGUGCUGUUAUGUGGGGAGAACAGCUUGGUGGCUACUCUGGAACAGUUCUUUCAUCACAGCUUCAAGUCUGCCCGGCUCUUCCAGAGGACUGUGUUCGUGUGGGACUUUGUUGAAAAGGCUGUUGCCUUCCUGCAGCCAGCUGACCAGAUGGUUGACAUGGGGUUGAACUGUCAGUCACUCUGUCACUACAUCAAUGCGAUCAACUCUACACCCAGGAACAUUGGGAAGGAUGGCAAGUUCCAGUUGCUGGUGUGCCUCGGAGCCAGAGACCGUCUGCUGCCCCAGUGGCUGCCCCUGCUGGUGGAUUGUCCUGUGAUCCUGCAGAUGUAUGAGGACACAGCCCUCCUUAGAGACCACACUACUGUCAGUGCCCUCAUCGGAACCCUGCAGACUCUUCACAACUUCCCUAUCAAACUGGAAUCCUCACUGAUCAAAGGCAUUGACCUUUAACCCCAGAAGAGGACCAUUGGGUAGCCACACAUUUUUCUCCAAUGCCUUCCUCACUACUACCACCAAUUACAACUGCGCUGCUCUAAUUUAGCCAACGGGCUCUGCAAUUAGGCACAUUACCAGGGAAGGAGGAAAUGAGGAACAGGGAACAUUCAACUUUCAGUGGCGUUUAGUUACCAAAGAAAAAUGUUUCCAUAUUUCAUGUGAGAAUUCAGAUCUUUGGAUUAACUAUAAACUUGGAUGUGGUAUGAUAAAUCCAACAAUGGCCCCCGCUACACAUAUCAAAUACUGCACAUUACAGUGUUUAGUGUUGUAAACAUACCAUCACAUACUGACUUUCUACCUUGCAGGUAGCUUUUGGUUUCGGGUCAGUUCAGCAUGAAAUGCAAAACCACCAUCUCUCACACUCGUGACUGUCUUUGGCUCUCAGCUUCAAGCCCACUGUUUCCUUCCACUUUACAAAUAUAUAGUUUAAUUCAAGAAUAGAUAUAUAUUUUUUGUAGAAAACAGCUGGUCAAGACUUAUGUUGGUCUUGUCAUCUCACUCUCUGAAAGAAAGGAAACGUUCCCCAAAACCCAUUAGUUUGUUAAAGGUGCAUAAGCCAACAGCUGGUGUCAGUGUCUUCUCCACUUGGGAUAUUCAGACUUACAUUGGUCAGGAAUGUGAAAGUUUUUGAAAAGAAAUAAUAGCUAUUCUGUUUUAAGGGAGAUUUUUAAGGAUCAAGGAUUCCUAAAACUGCAGGACACUUCCCUUAAACAGGAGGAAAUAAGGAAUUUGCCGGGGGCUAUUUUCAGCAGCAGAUGUUGAUAUUUUCCUUUUUUAAUCAUUUCAUUGGUGAUUUGGGCUGUGAUAUGGUAUUUUUUGACAGAAAUGAGUAGGCAAUAUUUUAUAUAUAACAUAAGUAUUUCCGUUGUAUAAGAAACCAAUGCAAACUGUUAAUUGAUUGUGCCACAUGCAAAAGGAACGAUCAAAAUAUUUAUUUUUAUUCCUUAAAUUAAACAAUUCAACCCCUACUCUUCCAAACACACAAACUGCAUAUAGAAUGAAAAACGUUUUGUUUCUCUUUAGACAAUUCUUUGCCCUUUCAUAAAGUUUUGAUGAAUUAGGGAAUUUGCCACUGUAUAAAUGAAGGUGUUAAUAUUGUCAUUAUUACAUGUUAACAUUUUGUUGGAGGUAUAUUUAUUGUGACUCUGACUUCUAGAUCGAAGAUGAGGACAUAAAGUGGGGUCUACAACCCCAAUUCAUUGUAGUAUUGUUGCCUAUUCCAGUAUUGAGACUGAGGGACAUGGUCUGUCAUGUUUUGCUUCAUGUCUUUAUUUCAUGUAUUUAUUAUUUUUAAUUUUAAUCCGUUGUGAUCGUUUUAAGUUUGAUAAAGCUUUUAGAGGGAGAAACUUUCAUUUCUAUCAAGCAGUAAUGGUCUGCAAAUGGUAUGUAUUUUUAUAUAUGCAUUUUUCUAGUGUUGAUGACCACUUAAAGAGCUUUACUACAGGACAAUUUAUUGCCAUUCACCCGUUCACACACACAUUCAUGCACGGCAGGACUUUUUCUAUGGGGGACAAUUCAGGGUUCCGUAUCUUCCCCCAACCCUGAAGGCUCAGCUGCAGGACCAUUCACAGCUCCAAAGCACUGUAACCGAUCCUCAAUCUCAUACUGGAUUUGUUUGUGUGCACAUUGUUUUGCUGAGGACAUGCACUAGGGACUAUUGAGAUAUUCCCCAGACUACCACACAAUGUGCUUACUGGGCCUAUUUGUGACAUAAACAUAUAUAUUGUGAUGAGUUGUAUUAACCCCGAGUGGAUAGGCUGUAAGGAAAUGCUACUGACUGCCAUGAUGGUGGUGGUUGUGCAACCUCCUCGUAGCAAAAACAUUACCAGACAAAGAGUUCCAUGUGUGCUUUUGACUACUGUUGUGGCAUUUAUUUUGCCAGUUUAAAUAAAAGCAUGGUAUCGUGUGUGUGUGUAUAUAAACUACAGUCCAUGUAUGUACAUUGUUUUAUUUAAUGGGAAAUAUUAAAUGAGAACAAUGAGUAUAAAUAAACUUUUUGACAGUGA